ACCUGUUCUUGCUUUAAUCUAGAUCAAAAACCUUUAAAAACAUGUCUGAGAUUGGAGAAAAAAGAUUCAGCAGCGAGCAAAAGCAGCAACAACCUAACAAGAAGUCAAAGAUGGAUGCCCGUAAUGAGCAGAAGUCCACUCUUUUCGCAAGAAAGUCUCACGAUAAAAACUUUGAGAUGAUGGUAAAGGCCAAGAAGGUUUGGGAACAACUCCGUCGUAGUGAUAUCACCCGUGAAGAGCAAAAGAAUUUGAUGGCUAAAAUCAUGGAAAUCAUUGGUGGCAAGGUCCAGGAUGUUAUUUUCAAGCAUGAUGCUUCUCGUAUGAUUCAAACCUGUCUCAAGAAAGGUAAUGCUGAGCAAAGAAACCAAAUUGUCGAGGAACUUAAGGGCAAAUAUGUUGAACUUUCCAAGUCUAUGUACGGUAAAUUUAUCGUUAUUAAGGCUAUUGAGUACUGUCACAAGCAAAGAGAUAGCAUUUUGUCUGAAUUUAGAACCCAUAUCCGUAAAUUAAUUCGCCACAAAGAAGCCUCUACAGUUAUCGAGACCUUUUAUUCUCAAUAUGCCAACGCUACUCAAAGACAUGAAUUAUUAGCCGAAUUCUACGGUCCUGAAAUGACUUUAUUCAAUCGUGGCGGAGGAGCCAAGACCUUGGAUGAUUUAUUGGAAUCAUUCCCCGAAAAGAAGGAUUCUAUUUUGAGAUUUAUGGCCGAUAUGCUUCAAGGGUGUUUGGAUAAGGGAACAAUUGUCAAUAGUAUUGUACACAAAGCUAUGUACCAAUACAUGAUGUUGGCUGAUGAUAAGGGCCGUGAAGAAAUGAUGGGUCACCUCAAAGAAUCUCUCCAAGAAAUCGUUCAUACCCGUGAAGGUGCUUGGGUUGCUAUGAUCUGUCUCUCUAUUGCUGCACCUAAGGAUCGUAAGAACAUUAUUAAGGCUUUCAAGCCUUUCUUACAAAAAAUUGCUUCUGAUGAACAUGGCUACCUUGUUUUACUUCGUCUGUUGGAUGUCACUGAUGAUACCGUUUUGAUUACUAAGGCUGUUCUUGGUGAAUUAAGUAAACAUGCGAAGGAAUUAUUUGCCGAUAAGUUUGGUCGUCGCUUCUUCAUGUAUAUUUUGGCUGGUCGUAACACUAGAUACUUAUCACGCGAAACUGUUGAACUCUUAAAGGAAGGUGAUAAGAUCAGAGUGAGUAAGAAAGAACCUGAGAUUAGAGCUCGUGAAAUUUUAAAGGCCACAUCUCCUCAAUUGAUCAAAUUGGUGACAGAUGACGCUAAUACUCUCAUGAGAGAGAAACUUUCCUCCCAAGUUGUUCAAGAAAUCAUGCUUCAUGCUAUUGGUGACAAAUCUGCUGCUAUCGAAUCUAUUUUAGCCUUAUGUGCUGAAUAUGUUGAAAAUGAACACCACAUCAUUGAAGAUCGUUUCGCUAAUCGUAUUAUCAAGGCUAUGAUCAAGGCUGAUUCUGCCGAGACUGAAAACGAUAAGGCUGUUGAACCUCUUGAGUUUGCUCCCAAGUUACUUGAGGUCAUCAAGCCUAACCUUGCUCAUUUUGCUGUCAACCAUGGUAGUUUCAUUGUCCUCGCUCUUGCUGAAGAACCAUCAACUGCAAAGGAGGUAAAGAAGGAGCUCAAAUCUCACAAGAAGGAAAUUGAAGAAGCUGCUCAAAGCAAUUCUGGUUCCAAGUUAUUAUUGGAAGUUCUUUCCAAGUAAAAAACAACUAUAAAAAAAAACCUGUAAUAUUUCCCUCACUUUUUUUCAACAAACAUCCCCCUUAUUAUCGAUGAUUUAUUAACAUGUACAUUUCUUUUUCUUUCAUAUCAUACUAUGGUGUCAUUUAUUUUGGUUACUUUAAAGUUAUUUAUCAUCGAUCUUUUAGACUAUUCUUUUUCUCUUCUCUCCACACACGCCUACACCCUUUAAAAUUCACUAUUUUGUGUCAACGUAAUUCAUCACCAAUAAAAAAAAUUCACUACAUCA